AUGGGUCUCACAUUCUCGCGUCUGUUCGACCGUCUCUGGGGAAAGAAGGAGAUGAGAAUUCUCAUGGUCGGUCUCGAUGCCGCCGGAAAGACCACCAUCCUCUACAAGCUGAAGCUCGGUGAAAUCACUGUCGAGUACAAGAACAUUCAGUUCACCGUCUGGGAUGUCGGCGGUCAAGACAAGAUCCGUCCUCUCUGGAGACAUUACUUCCAGAACACCCAGGGUAUCAUCUUCGUCGUCGACAGCAACGAUCGUGACCGUGUCGUCGAGGCUCGUGAGGAGCUGCAGCGCAUGCUCAACGAGGACGAGCUGAGAGAUGCUCUCCUCCUGGUCUUCGCCAACAAGCAGGAUCUUCCUAUCACCGACAAGCUCGGCCUGCACAGCUUGAGACAGCGCGCCUGGGGUCUGGAAUGGUUGAGCAACUCGCUCCGCAAGGCUGGUCACCAGUAG